CAGUCUAUAUUUGAACGUUGAACGGUUUUGUUUUGUGAGUCAAAAAGUCGGACUCACACACAACUCAUAUGACGUUCGUCUAUUUUAACAACUAACAACGAAUGAAAAAAUAAUACAAUUAAACGUUUUUACUGAAAGUUUAAACAAAAUAAAAGAAAAUUGAAAAAAAAAAGAAUUAAAUAAAAUAAUAAAUAAAAAGAAAUAUAGUAAAAUAUAGAAAACCGGUUACUUACUGACAGACUGACAUACAUUUUUCUCGUUACGUUUUUGAUUUUUUGUAUUUUUACGGUUUAUUUGAAAAAUUAAAUAAUAAUAGAAAAUAUUUACUUUAAUGAAAAGGUGUUAAUAUUAUUAAAAUUAAUUUAAUAAAAAGUGUAAUAUAAAAAAAAUAUUAAGUGAAUUAUUUGCUGUUAGAGAACGAGAUACGAUUUCAAUAUGUCGGAGGAGGCGUUGGUGCCGGUUAAAUAUCCAAAAUCUGUGGGUUUUAUCAUCAGCAAUGAGUUUUGUGAACGUUUCAAUUAUUAUGGCAUGAGAACCAUUUUGGUUCUCUACCUCACCAGUAAAUUGCAUUAUGAUAAAGACACUUCAACGGUUUUGUUUCAUGUCUUUACCAUGUUGGUGUAUUUGUGCCCCCUGGUGGGUGCCAUUGUUGCUGACAGUUGGCUGGGUAAAUUUAAGACAAUCCUAUAUUUGUCUAUAGUUUAUGCGAUUGGUGGCAUUAUUGUGGCCUUGGGUGCAGUGCCGUCUCUUAAUUUACCGGUGCAGCCUGCAACAAUACUGGGUCUGGUUCUUAUAGCCAUUGGAACAGGUGGCAUCAAACCGUGUGUUUCGGCUUUUGGUGGUGAUCAAUUCAAACUACCCGAACAAGCCAAACAACUGGCCACAUUCUUUUCGCUUUUUUAUUUUGCCAUAAAUGCCGGUUCCAUGAUUUCUACUUCCGUUACACCCAUUCUACGUGAAGAUGUUCAUUGUUUUGGCGAUAAAGACUGUUUUUCAUUGGCCUUUGGUGUUCCCGCUAUAUUAAUGUUGCUGUCAGUUGUUAUCUUUAUAGCCGGCAAAAAGCUUUAUGUAAUGAAACCUCCUGCUGGUAAUAUGAUUUUUGGUGUGUCUCAGUGUAUUUCGCAUGCCAUUGGAGGUUGGAGAAGAGAACGUAAAACAAGUCCACGUAAACAUUGGUUGGAUUAUGCUGAACCCAAAGUGGGACAAAAAAUGGUAUCCGAUACCAAGAUUUUGUUAAAGAUUUUAGUACUAUUCCUGCCUUUUCCCGUAUUCUGGGCUCUUUUCGAUCAACAAGGUUCCCGUUGGACUUUCCAAGCAACUCGUAUGGAUGGUGAAUUGUGGGGUUUCACCAUUAAACCCGAUCAAAUGCAGGUCAUUAAUCCUUUAUUGAUUUUGGGCUUUAUACCCAUCUUUGAUUAUGUUAUAUAUCCUCUACUGGCCAUGAUUGGCAUAAAAAGGCCAUUACAAAAAUUAACCUUGGGUGGUUUAUUGGCAGCUGGCGCCUUUAUACUCUCCGCCUUUGUCGAACUUAAAUUAGAAGCUUUGGAACCAGUUUUACCCACGGACAUGAGCUCACAAUUAAGAAUUUAUAAUGGCAUGCCUUGUCAUUAUAGUUUUAAUACCGAACUACCUCUUGGCGAUAUGAAAACCGAUAUGCAUUUGCCUUCAUUGGGUUUAUGGCAGGAACAACAGGUUAUGACUCCAAUGAUGAUGGCCUAUAAGUUUGAAGCAACAGCCGUAGACUCAAAUUGUCCAAGUGUUGCGGGUAAUAUUAAUGUGGUACCUGGAAAGGCAGUCAGUUAUUUCAUAGCCAACGAUCGCAUGCAUGAAUUUGAAGAUAAACCGGAAAAACCUAAUUUAGGAAAUCCCAUUGUCAGAGUUUUGCUUAAUAUACCCGCUAGUGAGGGUAAUUUUACUUUAGAGGACUCUAGUAGCCUUAAGACUUCCCUUACUUCGUAUAAUACUUCUCAAGCCAUUACUGUUGCUAGAGGCAAUGUAAUUUUAUCUUUGAAUGGCGUACCAUUGACAAAUGUUACGGCCAGAGCUGGAGGUGUUUAUGUCUUGAUGCUGAAUGGAAAUAAUAAGGAGGGCUUUAACUAUCAAACUCAUGUGGUAACCGAACCCAAUUCCGUACAUAUGAUGUGGCAGUUGCCACAAAUUAUCGUGAUAACAGCAGCUGAGAUUAUGUUUUCAAUCACCGGUCUGGAGUUCUCCUUUACACAAGCACCUCAGUCAAUGAAAUCGGUAUUGCAAGCCUGCUGGUUACUUUCAGUCGCGAUAGGCAACAUGUUGGUUGUGGUUAUAGCUGAAUUAAAAUUCUUUGAAUCUCAGGCCGCUGAAUUUGCCCUCUUUGCCGCACUUAUGAUAAUAGACAUGUUUAUCUUUAUGUUACUGGCCAUGCGUUAUAAAUAUGUUCAGCAUGAAGACGAUCCCGAAGAUCCUAAAACACUACCGCCACCAACCUCAUCAGCAACCACUUCCACCGAUGAAGGUAACACUGAACCUUCAUCAUCAUCGGAUGAGAAUAAUACUAAGGAGCCCAAAACGAAUCUUACUAAGGAAGCCAUUAAGAAUGGCAUUACCAAUGAGGCUUACGUUUAUAUGGAUGAAAAGUAACCAUUUGCAAGUUUUCCAAAAAAAAAAAACUGUUAUAUAAAUUGUUGCUGAACAUUUGUUUAGUUUUUAAUAGCGCAAAAAAUAUAGUUCUCUGUGAUGUACUUAUUUUUUUGAGUGUUGUGAAUUUAGGAAAGUUUUCUUUUUCGUCCCAUUAGUUUUAUAUAUUGAACUUUAGAAAAGCUUUAAAAAAGUUAACUAAAGAGUAAAUCUAGUUUAAACAUUGUUCACUUUCCUAAUUUUUUGUAUUAUUUAUCUAUUUUUUUGUAUUACAUAUUUUAUUUUACUUAUUUUUCCGAUUCAUUUAUUCUAUUACUUUUUGUUAACGUAUUUUUAUGUAUAUUUUAUUACACUUGUCUUUUUCCAUUAAAUCAAACAUUAGUUUAAGUAAUCAUAAAUGUAUGUAUAUUUUUGUAAAAUAUUUUUUUAUAUAAAUUGGGAUUAUUCACAGUUUUACUUUAACUAUUGGCUUGGUUCAAUGUUGAAAAUAUUUUAAAAGAUGUUUAAUAUUAUAUUUUACUGUUGUAGUUCUUUGAAACUGUGAGUGUCCCUUCUGUUUUCUAAUUUUCGUAAUCUCUCUUAAUAUAGUCAAUUUAUAUGCAAGUCUGUGUAAAUUAUAAUAAAACUUUUAUACAAAUUUAAGUAAUUUUUAUAAUAAAUAUUAAUGAAAUUAAAUAUUUUAUAGAAUUA